UAAAAUAACUAAAUUAUUUUUAUUAUUAUAAAUCCUAUUUAAAUACUUGUAUUAAUGUAUUGCAUAAUAUGUUAUAAUGAGAGUUUUUCGAGGUCAACAUUUCAAACUUAAAUUUAACGUGUUGGUCGUCUACACUAAGUAUACAAUUAAAAAAAAUUAAAUUCCAACUGUAAUAGAUAUCUACUAUGUUAGUUUCGACCUGCGUCUCAGCAAUGAUUACAAAUUCAUUUUAGUGGAUCUCAAUUGUUAAGUUUAUUUUUAUUUAAUAUUUAGCCACUGAAAAUGCCAGGUGCCAAUUGCCUGUCAUGUGGAGAGCUUUUUUAUUCAGUUUCAUCAGACGAAAAAUCGUGUUAUCAGUGAUUUUUGGUUGCUCAUUAACAUAUUGUAUUGUCAGUUUCUUAUUGAUUUCACCCAGACGUACAGACACAUGGCGUGUUCCAAGAAAAUUGGAUCACAGUGCAUUUGUUUGGAUGUCAGCCGAAGUCGAUUUGAACAAUUCAAUAGACCUAAGUUGUCGAAAUACUGUACAAGGCAGAGAAUAUAUAGCAGAUGACAGAGGUUACAUAUGUCAAAGAGAUGAUCUCCUAGCGAACAACUGCUGCGGAACUACCGAAAAACGUUAUGUAUGUGAUACGUGCAAUGCAGAUGGCUGUUGUGUGUUGUACGAACACUGCGUGUCAUGUUGCCUCAAUCCCAAUAAGAGAAAACUAUUGCAAACCGUUCUGGGUAAGGCUUCAGAGACGUUCCGUGUGCUGUUUUCGGCGAUCAAUAAUCAUUUUGAACUGUGCUUGGCCAAGUGUCGAACGAGUUCACAGAGCGUUCAACACGAAAAUGCCUACUUAAAAUCGAACAAACACUGUUACACGACGGCCGACAAAAUACCUUGACUGCAGUUGGGCGACACGCGGAUUUUUUAUUGACUGCAUUCCUAUAUGCAUAUUGUGUAGUAAUCGUACUGGGUAAAGUGCAAUAAUUUCAAACUGUUCUUGAUCCAAAGUAAUCGUGUGAGGCUUGACAUUUCCGUGUGUCGUGCUCAUAUUUUUUAUCGUUAGUAAAAUUAUCAAGACUAUAAUAUUGUUGUAGAGUGGCUUAUGGCGUUGAAAACAAAUCUGUGUUAUGAUGUACAACUAAGAAUUAAAUUUAUUAUACUUAUUAUUAUUUUUUUUUUUAAUUUCAGGAGUUAUAUUUAUGAUACUAUUUUAUAGUAAUACAUCAUUUAAUUGUUGGUGUAAUUUGUUUCUUUAGCUGUGUAAAUAUCUAAUACAUAUUAGUUUUGGUACAAUUUUUAAUUUUUAUAAUUAUAUUAUAUUACAAUUUAUUAAAGUAAAUUCAAAGAUAAAUUGUUAGAAAACUAAAUUUUAAUAAUAA